UGUGGUAAAACAAUGCCCUAACUUUGGUUCCUGCCGGUAAAAUUUUGCCUCUAACAUAUUUCUAUUUCUUUUGUGUACAACAGUUAUUUAUGAGUUUAUAGCAGCACCUGAGACAAAACAGGUCAAAUCCAGGUCGGGCAAAACAGUUGAGGUCGACGCUGAUGUUUUUCUCCAUACUACAGUAGUUCGCCGGCAACCCGUUUGAAGAUCAGUUGGACAUGUCUUGAACUACUGUAAUGGAUUCAAAGUUCGCAAAGGGUGUAAAUCAAGUUCGACUAUUGAACAAGCUAACUGCAGGAUUCUCCAAGAAUGAAGGUGAAAGUUCGGAAGAAACAGCUGAUAAACAGGAGAAAACCAAAAUGACUGACUCCCUGAAAAGUACUGUUGACAAAGUGAGGCUCCACCUGAAGGUUGCCUCUGUGGUGAAAGAUGCCUCUGCAAAGGGCAAGGAAGAGGAGAAAAGGGAUAAAGAAUUCUAUGCAGUUUUUCAUGCAAUACAGAAUGAGAAAGAAGAACUUCUGAUGUCAAAAGAGGAUGAGGAAGAAAACAUGUGGGAUAUUGUGGACUUGGAUGAUGAGGCAAUUGAGGAAUAUGCUUCUAACGAGCUACUGGGCCAGUUUUUGUCCAACACAGUCUUCAGAACUGGAAUUCUAUGUGUCAUUUUAUUCAACAGUUUACUGAUUGUUGUUGAGACAGACCAGGAAUUUGAGGAGAAGUACAGUCAUUUGUUCUCAGUGUUAGACCAAUGCCUAAUGACAAUUUUUGUAUGUGAGAUUCUUGUCAAAUGGUAUCAUGGAUUUUUUAUGUUCUGGAAGAUGGGAUGGAAUGUUCUUGAUUUCUGCAUUGUGGUUGCUCUCCUUCUCGGACCUUUACUAAGUACAGGUUCAGGAAGUAGAGGCGUGUUGAGAAUUCUCCGCGUGUUGAGAGCUUUCCGCAGUCUUAGAAGCAUCAGUUCCUUGCCUGGGUUACAGAUUGUUGUACAGACAAUAUUACAGUCAGUUCCCGACAUGGCGAAUAUAGUUUUGUUGCUCGUGAUAAUCAUGCUGGUGUUUUCGGUGAUUGGCGUCACGUUGUUCAGAGACAUUGUUCCGAUGUAUUUUGGAAAUCUUUCGAGUUCCAUGUUUUAUCUCUUUGUUUGUCUGACUCAAGAGGGCUGGAUGGAGAUUUUUAAAGCAUUCCAGGAUGUUGGAGAGACAUACUACAUUGGUGGAGGACUCUUCCUUCUUGUAUUCAUAGCAAUUGGUGCGUUUGUUUUUGCCAACCUUGUUGUGGCUGUCGUGGUAACAAAUCUGGAAUUUGCCAUGGUGGAUGUGAAGACCGAAGGAAAAGAUCGGGGAACUGAUGACCUUAAAGCCAAACUUGACGAAGAUGACACCACUCUGAAGACUGUGGGAGUUGAAGAAGUUCCAAGUUUUGUGUACUUGAAACAAAUGCCGUUUCAGUUACCGGACUUGACACAAAUUUCUGCUGAGAAACUAGAAAAUUAUUUCCUUAUUUUGAGCGCGAUUGAAGAAAAUCUGGGAGAAUCGAAUAAAAUAAAGGCAGAAAUCAAUGAGAUACUUUGUGAAGUGUCCGAGCUACAAGAGAAGGCGAAGAAGGAAGGGAUCCUGAAGAAUGACAAUGAACCUGAUGUCACCAAAAACAGGAGCGACGAUAAUUUUGUGCCCCCACAAAUAACCGGUGGUGACUUGAUGUCGAACCUAAUGGAGAUGGAGCAAGGUAAACUAUUUGACUCGCGCAAGGAUACAUUGGGGUCCAUUCUGCGAGAGGGAGCAAAACUGAUGAGCACGGUCGCACAGAGGAGAAAUACAUCUGAUGAACGGAGGAAGUCCUCCGUACCGGCUAAAUUUUUUCAAUAAGGGUUGAACACUUAAAGCUUUUAAAACCUUGUCGAAGAGUAUAUAUUAAAAUCGGACUUGAGCAUACGCAGAGCUAUAAUCCCAUUGCCUAGCUACCACUGUGACGUACUUGACUUCAUUUUUAUGUUGAUCAUCUGUUAUAUCAUUUGAAAAUGAGUUUCCAACAGUUUUUCAUGGGAAUUUUUAAGGGUUGUUUUGUCUUAGAAUGAUCUCAAAUUUUAAUAAACUUUCACGUGACCUUAGAACUGUUACAUAUCUGUUUUCCUGAUGGCUGAUCAACUUAAAUUAACCAAAUCUACAUCGUCUGUACGGAAUGGAUCACACUGAUACUGCCGGACGCGUUAGGCAUUUAUUAAAUCU